AUGGACACUAGUUCUCAACAUUUUGUCAUUUAUGACAAUGCCCCACGACUUUCAAGGACGCCUGAACUGUGUGGUGCGGGGGCUAACUACAUGUCCCUUGAGUUUUGCGAGGAUGUGCAGCUCAAGUUCACUAGUUGUCCCCUAAGUCUUGCGAGGAAUGCUGCUCGGGUUGACUCUGUGUUUCUGAGGCCUGCAAGGAUGUGUUGCUUAUGUGACAUUGGAAUUGAUGGAAUAUGA